GCUUGCAUGGCUUGAUGCCCAGAAGUCCUGUGUGACAUUGCCCACAUGGUGGUGUAUGGGAGGGGAUGAUUUGAUCAUGAGAGAAAUCUUUUGGAGGGGAGGGAACAAAUAGAUCUUGGGCGGCACUCUAUCAGAGAGCGGUAUUGGGGUUGGCUUCGGAUGGGUUGAAACUGGAGCACGGGGGAGUGAUCCCCAGAUGCCCGCGGGAAGCACAUCACAGGGCGCUUUCCUACAGGAAUGAAUAUUCCAGGGCUGGGCGGGGAGGUUCUGGAGCGCCCGAUGGAUGACUCUUGGGCAGGUUUCCUGGAAUAGAGAAGUCAGAAUAGUCGCAGAGAAAGACCCUCUUACCAAUAAUGAACGAACCCGGCCCUGUCAAACCGCGGAGACACUGAGAAUAAUUUCCAAACCUUGCAUUUCCAUCAACAACAAUCUAUCCCAACUGUUUCAUCACGACAAACUGGAAACAGGGUCCUUUGGCGGCUUGUGCCAGAGUGUCGUACUUGUGAGUGGUUGGCGGUUUGCUGGGCGCAUUUAAGAUUCAGGGGUUCGUUGUUCUGUCACCGGAUUACCGCUGCAAAUCAGGGGCUAGCGCGCGGCGGUGGCUGAUACGGCGGCGCCAAAAUACCGGCGCAUUACGCAUGUAUGGGAGUCAAAAAUACACAUAGUUCGCAAAGUCCUGCAUCGCAGCCUGUCUUCUGCUCGACUCCGUUCUCUUUUAUCUAUCUUCCUAUUCAUUAUUUCUUCGCUGCGCCCUACCACCCUCAUUACUUUUGUAACUUGUUCUUUGUGUGUGCAGCGGGUGUUAUUCUCGUGCGCGGCACAUCGAGCGUUCCUCUCGCUUGCUUGAUUCACAGCGGUCGUUCAUUGACUACGGAGAACACAACAACCAUCAUUGCGCUGGGGGAACUUACCCCCUUCGUCGCGUCCACAACCUCCAACUCCCCUCCUUCACCCUCCUAGCAACCUCAUCUUCUUCCCAUUGCAAUACAUAGUCUGUCAUUUAUCUCAUUCAGAUUCUUCCUCGUCCCUUCGCCAUUCUCUUGACAUUUUCUCUUCUUGCACUCCCUCUGCUAUCAACUUUCAAACCAGACUGCUGUUUACCAACAACUGUUCAUCAAGUUAAGACCCGGUGCUGUGCGCUGGGAUAUUUUCUCUCCAACCAACCCUAACGGGUUUUCAAGCCCUUUUUUUUUGUGUCCAUCUCCAUCUUCUGGGGCUGUCUAGGCCUCUUGACCAAAGCACGAUGAGGUUAUCAUCAGCCCUCUUGGGCGCCACCCAUAUAUGGCUAUGGAUGGGGGGGUUAUCAGGCGUUGUUAAUGCUAUUCCUAUGCCCCAAGAGAACCCGGCUCCUCAAGCAUCAGAUUUCUGGGUGAGCUCUAUCGAACGCCAAGGUGCCCCUGCAUUCAGAGAGGCCGGCGGCGAGUAUCAGAUAUAUCGUAACGUUAAGGACUUCGGUGCAAAAGGCGACGGUACCACAGAUGAUACUGAAGCGAUCAACCGAGCUAUCUCAACCGGAGAUCGAUGCGGACUGGGUUGCGACUCGUCUACUGUGACCCCUGCCAUUGUUUACUUCCCAGCAGGCACCUACGUUGUCUCCAAGCCGAUUAUCCAGUAUUACUACACGCAGCUCGUUGGUGAUGCUUUGGGUCUGCCCACUAUCAAGGCUGCUGCCUCCUUUCAAGGAAUUGCUGUUAUCGAUGCUGAUCCAUACACCGACUCGGGCGCUAAUUGGUAUACCAACCAAAACAACUUUUUCCGGUCCAUUCGAAAUUUCGUUAUCGACUUGACAGGCAUGGAUCAAGGAUCUGGUGCUGGUAUCCAUUGGCAGGUGGCACAAGCCAGCAGCCUGCAGAACAUCCGUUUCGAAAUGGUCCAAGGUGGUGGUGAAGCUAAUAGGCAACAAGGUAUUUUUAUGGACAACGGUUCUGGAGGCUUCAUGACAGACCUCGUUUUCAAUGGUGGUAACUACGGCGCCUUCUUGGGCAACCAACAGUUUACCACUCGCAACCUCACGUUUAAGAACUGCAACACAGCAGUGUUCAUGAACUGGAACUGGGCGUGGACAUUCAAGUCGAUCACCGUGAACAAUUGUGGCGUUGGUCUGAACAUGUCUAACGGUGGUUUUAACCAGACCGUUGGCUCGGUACUCAUCCUUGAUAGCACAUUUAUCGGAACACCAAAAGGGAUUGUCACCUCUUACGAUGAUAACAGUGUUCCUGAAACAGGAGGAACUCUCAUCCUUGACAAUGUUGACUUCACAGGCUCUGAAGUGGCGGUGGCCCAUCUCGAUGGCUCCGUUGUCCUUAAUGGAGGCUCAGUCGUCACCUCAUGGGCCCAGGGCAAUGCCUUCACUCCUGCGGGAAGCUUACCCAUCAAGAACUCCAAGAGAAAGCCCGUCCAAGAACUAGCUCCUGUUUACAUAGUGGAAGAAAUUGUCAAGAGGGGGGCUGAGCCUCAACCAGCUCCUGUUUAUACAGUGGAACGUAUUAUCGGGAGAGAUAGUUGCAGUGCCCCCGCGCCACCUGCACCCGAGCCAGCUCCAAUUUCCCCGGAGCCCACUCCAUCACGCCAGCCGCCGCCGUCCACGCACAAUUCUCCAACACCAUCGCAAGGUAAGCCAUACGCUACGGAGUCGAAGUCAUCAGUUGUAACCCCAUCGUCUGUUGCGUCUUCUGUACCACCGUCGCCCACGCCCUCUCCAACGGAUCCUAACCCUGCAUCAUGCCCUACCACACCUCCCCAGAAAACUCGAAUCAGUGCUGGACUUGCCAGCCCCACCAAACCAGCAGUUCUCCUUGACCCAUCUGGAAAGGUAUUUGAACGGACCAAGCCACAGUAUGAGGACGUCCCCACGAAGUCGUUUAUUAGCGUCAAGGGUGCUGGGGCCAAGGGAGAUGGUGUAACGGAUGACACAGAAGCAAUCCAGGCAGUACUUGAUAGCGCAACGCCAGACCAAAUUGUAUACUUCGACCACGGAGCCUAUAUUAUCACUUCCACGCUCAAAGUGCCCAAGGAAAUCAAGAUCACCGGUGAAAUUUGGCCGCUUCUCAUGGCAUCUGGACCGGCCUUCUCCGACGAAUCGAAACCCAUCCCUAUGCUGCAAGUCGGGCAGCCAGGCGACAAAGGAAACGUUGAAAUUAGUGACCUGAUGCUCGAAACCAAGGGACCUGCCCCGGGUGCCAUUUUGGUAGAGUGGAAUGUUGCUGAAACAACACAAGGUUCGGUCGGAAUGUGGGACGUGCACAUGAGAGUUGGAGGUUCUGCCGGUACGGAACUACAGAGCGACACCUGUGCCAAGACUCCCAACAGCACCACCACACCAGACCCCAAAUGCGUUGGUGCAUUCAUGCUCAUGCAUAUCACGAAAGAAGCCUCUGGGUACUUUGAAAAUACUUGGCUCUGGGUUUCAGAUCAUGAACUGGAUUUGCCGGAUCAUGGCCAGAUUAAUAUCUACAAUGGCCGUGGCUUACUGAUCGAAAGUACUGGACCAGUCUGGCUCUAUGGUUCCGCGAGUGAACACUCCCAGCUCUACCAGUACUCCAUCGUCGGUGCAAAGAACGUUUUCCUGGCCCUGAUCCAGGUGGAAACACCAUAUUACCAGGCCAAUCCAAACGCCCUUGUCCCAUUCAAACCCAACGAAGACUUUCACGACCCAGAUUUCUCCCACUGUCAAACAGACGCAUGCAAGAAAGCCUGGGGCCUGCGCAUUUUCGACUCCAGCGAUGUGUUCCUCUACGGCGGCGGCCUGUACAGCUUCUUCGAGAACUACGACCAGGAAUGUCUCGCCACCGAAUCCUGCCAGGAGAACAUGAUUGAAGUGGAUUGUUCUCCCGUGCACCUGUACGGCAUUAGUACAAAGGCCAGCACGAACAUGAUCACGAGAAGCGGAGGGGGUCAAGGGCUUGUGAAGCAGAUUGAGAAUCGCAAUACGUUCUGCUCGACCUUGGCUGUGUUCCAGCAGGCGACGGCGUAGAUAUAGUUGUACUGUAACUUACCUCUAUUUUUCAAUUCCAUGUAUUCUUGCCAUGCCGAAGGGAUGCCCACGUAGUUAGGAUGAUGGUGACUGUUGUUCCAAGCGCAUCCAACGUCGCGUGUAUAUGUGUUCUAAUAAUGUUGAAAUUUGUUUUUUUCUAAAAGUGAAACAUGUCACUCUUUUUCUUCUCCUGUUAUUUAUUUUAGUUCACGGCGUUACAUCUCUCCCUUUUAUAUCCUUUCACGCCAACGUUUUUACUUCAAGGGAGGUCCGCUUCUCUUUUACUCUCCUUUUCUAACUCCACAAGGCGUUCUUGUAUCGGUUAUCAAUUCAGGUAGUUUAUCGAGUCAAUGGAAACAAAUCGGAAAACACCCAGUAAUGAAUAACAGUGCACCCAUCCCUGAUUUUAUUAGAACGGGGCGCGAGAUUCAAUUAUCUGGCAAAAUUCGUGGUCAACAUUUUGCUGUUUUGGGAUCGCGCGCUCCUGGUUGCUGGCCAAACGCCGUUGUCUCAACUGUCAGCAACCACAUCAAUUAAGAGCCCACACCGGAGCAAGUAUAUUCCUUCCAUCGGUUGAUUUAGAUGGGGUAACCAGAUCUAGGAUCCAAGCUUGUGUGGCGGCGCCGGUCCCUUAGGGAAAUAUUUCGCAUAUGGUCAAUAACCCUAGUCUGUACGGAGUAUGUCCAGCAGGUCCCAGC